CCCAAACCAUUUAAUACCUCCACCACCAUUCUUCCACCUCUCAGCUGCAGCUGUUUAAGAUGUUCCAGCACAGCAACAAGAAGUGCUUCACCAUCGAGUCCCUGGUCGGGAAGGAUGCGAGCAGCCACGGCAGCUCCGGGGACGAGCCCAUCCGGCCAACAGCGCUCCGGUUCCCGGACUCCCUCCACCCGGCCUCCGCCGCUGGGGUCUUCGGCACCUGCUUUCAGGGGAGCAGCGGAAGGACUUUGUUUCCAGCCGGACCGGAGGUGGUGCUGCAGGAGCCCGGGACGCACACGCAGAGCACAGGUGGUCUCCCACUGCACCCGCUGCAGAUCCCCCCGCAGAGCUUUUUCAGCCCGCAGCACCGGGAGGCGCUCAGCUUUUACCCCUGGGUGCUGCGGAGCCGCUUCCUGGGACACCGCUUCCAAGGUGAAGACAGCAGUCCAGAGAACCUGCUGCUUCAUGGUCCAUUCUCCAGGAAACCCAAACGGAUCCGGACAGCGUUCUCACCCUCCCAGCUUCUUCGACUGGAACGGGCCUUUGAGAAGAACCACUACGUUGUCGGAGCCGAGAGGAAGCAGCUGGCCAGCGGGCUGUGCCUGACAGAGACACAGGUGAAGGUCUGGUUUCAGAACCGCAGAACGAAGCACAAGCGUCAGAAGUUGGAGGAAGAAUCUCCAGAAGCUCAGCAGAAGAGGAAGGGAAGCCAACAUGUCAGCCGCUGGAGAGCUGCGACGCAGCAGCCUGGAGGCGAGGACGUGGACGUCAUCAGCGACGACUAGAGCUGUC